GUUUUAUUUUUAACAGCAUUUACAACUGAAAAGAACAACUCGGUCUCUCAAAUCACAGCUAAUCCCCCUCGCAGGGCCUCUCCGAAGUUCUGGCUUUUCUUUGAUCCGUUUUCCUCUCCUUUUGGAACUCAAGGCUCGCUCCAAGACUCUGCACCAGGGUCAAAGGCGCCUCCCUUUCUCAGAGAAACGUUUCAAGUGUCCCGCCUUCCCAGGCCAUACGCGAUGCGUCGCGCUCUCUUUAAAUCCUAUUGGGUAAAACCCACGCCUCUCAUCGCACUGUGGGCGGGACAAGAGAGAAACGCCUUUUCUCGGCCGCGCGAAGAUGAUGUCACAGGAGAGGGGCUGAGCGCCUUCGGUUGUUCAGGUCUCGCUGCUCGCCGGGCGUGCUGGCUGAAGACCGCUCUGUAGGCGAACCGUCUCAAUGACCAUUUGUCAAUUCUUCCUUCAAGGCCGGUGCCGCUUUGGAGACCGGUGCUGGAAUGAACAUCCCGGCGCCAAGGGUGCGAGCGGAGGACGUCAGCAGCCUCAGCAACAGCCCUCAGGUAGUAACAGACGUGGAUGGAAUGCUGCUAACCACAGAUACUCCAGUGUGAUACAGCCAUCCAGUUUCUCCAAAUCCACGCCAUGGGGGGGCAGCAGAGAUCAAGGGAAGUCAUCAUUAGGUUCUUUUGAGUCUGGGACUUCAGCUAGCAGGGACAGGGAGUUUGGAUUGUCUCAGAACCCAUUUGCUUCUCUAAGCCCUGAUGAACAGAAAGAAGAAAAGAAACUUCUGGAAGGAAUUGUAAAAGAUAUGGAGGUUUGGGAAUCAUCAGGGCAGUGGAUGUUUUCUGUUUAUUCACCAAUGAAAAAGGAACCUAAUAUUUCAGGUAGUUAUUGCUAUGAAAUUCCUGACAAAGACUUCAGAAACCUAGUAUUAAGUUUUCUCAAAGAGAUAAAGGAAAACACAGGAAGAGUUCUAGAAGAAUUCAGGGAAACAAUACAAGAACAAAAUGAGAAACUCAGUAAAGAGAUAGAAGCCUUAAAUGAAAAACAACUAGAAAUUCCAAAGCUAAAUAACAAAAUAACAGAACUUAACAAUUCAAUGGAAGAACACAGAAGUAGAAUUGAAACAUUGGAAGGAGGAGUCAGCAAAAUAGAAGACAAAACCUCUGAGAUUACUCAGUUUGAGAAACAAAUAGAAACAAGAAUGAAGAAACAUGAACAGAACUUAAGGGUUAUGUGGGACACCAUCAAGAAAAACAAUAUACGCAUAAUGGGAAUUCCAGAAGAAGAAGAGAGUAAUAAAAGUUCAGAAAAAAUUUUUGAAGAAAUAAUGGCUGAAAAUUUCCCAAAUAUCAUGGAAGACAAGAAGAUUUUCGUUGAAGAAGCUCAGCGAACUCCAUAUAGGCUAAACCCUAAGAGAAAUACACCAAGACAUAUCAUAAUCAAACUUUCCAGAACCAAAGAUAAAGAAAGAAUUUUGAGAGCAGCACGAGAAAAGCAAAAUAUCACUUACAAAGGGGUCCCAAUAAGAUUAACUGCUGAUUUCUCAUCAGAAACUAUGCAGGCAAGAAGGCAGUGGGAUGAUAUAUACAAAGUCUUGAAAGAAAAGAACUGUCAACCAAGAAUAAUAUACCCAGCAAAAUUGUUGUUCAGAAACGAGGGUGAAAUUAAGAUAUUCCCAGAUAAACAGAAAUUAAGGGAAUUCGUAACCACCAGUCCAGCCCUACAAGAACUAUUAAAGGGAGUCUUCCAGAAAGAAAACCAAUGACGCCAGCCAGCAACCCAUAGUAACAACACUUAACAGUCGCCUGAAUACAUAUAACAACAAAAUAAAUUUAAAGUGAGAUUAUAGGGACUCUCAAAGUUAUAAUUGACAACAAUAUCAAAAUAAAAGGGAGGGUGAUUGGUAUAGAUACAGAAUUUUCACAUGUUGUGGAAGUUAAGGCAAUUUCAAGAUACAACAAAUCGUUUCAAAUGUACUAUGUUAAAUUUAAACUUCACGGUAACCACAAAGUAAAGAAAUCUAUUCACCAAAAUAAAGAAGGGAAACAAUAAGACUCAGUAAUCACAAAACAACGAUAAUAAAUAAAAGGGAAAAAAUUUAUCCAUAAUUCAGCACUGAAGGUAAAGAGGUACCAAGAAACCAUCAACCUCACAAAAAGAAAAGUAUAACAAAAUGGCUGAAGUAAAUCCUAUAUCAGUAAUUACAGUGCAUGCAAACGGAUUAAAUGCUCCGGUCAAGAGACAGAGUGGCAGAAUGGAUUAAAAUGACCCAUCCAUAUGUUGUCUACAAGAGACACACCUUAGACACAAAGACAUGAAUAGGUUAAAAGUCAAAGGUUGGGGGGAAAAAACAUACCAGGCAAACAGUACUCAGAAGAGAACAGGAAUAGCAGUAUUAACAACUGACAAAACAGAUUUUAAAUCAAAAUUCAUGAAGCGAGACAAGGACACUAUGUAACAAGAAAAGGCUCAGUUUACCAAGACAUAACAAUUACAAAUAUCUGUGCACCUGAUGUCAGAGCCCCAAAAUUUAUACAGCAAACUCUAACAGAAUUAAAGAAAUAGAUCUACAAUAAUGGUAGAAGACUUUAAUACACCACUUUUGAUGACGGAACAACUGGAAAGAAAACGAAUAAAGAAACAGAAGACCUGAAUAACAUCAUUAACCAAUUGGACCUAACAGACAUAUAGAACACAGCAACCAGCGGUGCUCAAUGCACAUGGAUCAUUCUCCAGAGUAGACCGUAUUUUAGGACACAAAGCAGAUUUCAAUAAAUCUAAAAAGAUUGAAAUCAUACAAAGCAUCUUAAUCUGACAAUAAUGGAAUGAAGCUGGAAAUCAAUAACAAGAAGAAUAAGGAAAAAUAAAUGAAUCCAUGGAAAUAACACACUACUAAAAGACCAGAUGGGUCACAAGAAGUCAAAUGUGAAAUUUGAAAAAUACUUAGAAUUAAACAAAAAUGGAAACACAGCAAAACCUUUGGAAUGCAAUGAAAGCAGUGCCCAGAGUGAAAUUCAAAGAUAUUUUUAUAAUAAUACUGAGACAUUAAUUGCUGUUUUUACUGUGUCGACAUUUGCACUGAUGGUGCCAAAAGUAUUGAUGAAUAAAACAACUUGAAUCUUAGCCCAAAUCAAGGCAGAG